AUGAACAGUACAUCGUCAGAGUCGCUAAGGCUGGUGGAGGAACCACAGCCACUACAGCCGUCGCCUACGAAUAGACAGCAAAGAACAGGCUCAUUCAGCUCGCUCAGAUCGUCGCUCAACCGGUUCCAGACUUCCCAACUGGCUGUUUCUAGAGUUCCCACAAGUUAUAGUGUCCAUGAAAUUUACGGUGAUAUGGACAGUGAUGAAAUUGAAAACCAGAGACUAGAGAACCAGAACGAAGUGCUUCGAACGCUUUCUAGGAGAGUGCUGCGGAUGGCUUCCAGAGAGCAAGUGCAUUUCCACGCAGCAGACUUGGAAAGUCAAAAGGAGCAGCUAGAAAAGGAUGAUGGCUCCAACUAUGAGGACUUGCCAGAUACAGCGGUUCCUACAAAAGACUUUGGUGGGGAGUUCACCGCCAUGGACCCAGAGCUUGUGGCGUGGGACGGGCCUGACGACCCAGAGUACCCAAGAAAUUGGUCGAUGAUGAGAAAGUUCUAUGUCACCGGCAUGGUGUCGUUGUACUCGUUGAUCUCGCCGAUGUCGUCCUCGGUGCUUUCACCGGCUAUGCCGGCCAUUUCAGAGUCGAUCAACUUGAACAACUCGGUUGUCCAAUCGCUCUGUGUCUCCAUCAUGGUUCUUGCAUGGGCAUUGGGUCCCUUGAUCAUUGCCCCUAUGUCUGAGUCGGACCGUAUAGGCCGCAUUCCAGUGCUCAACAUAUCCAUCUGGAUCACCUUCGUUUUCAAUUUGGCUUGUGGCUUCAUCAAGACGCCUGCCCAGCUCUGUGUGUUGAGGUUUUUGGGCGGCUUGGGCGGAUGUGCCCCUUUGAACGUCGGUGCUGGUACUUUGGCCGAUGUCUGGAGCGACGACCAGCGUUUAGUGGCGAUGGCCUUCUACUCCAUGGGCCCGCUUUUGGGUCCUGUGAUUGCUCCAGUCAUUUCAGGUUUUGUCGUCCAGCGUGCCAAUUGGCAUUGGUGCUUCUAUUACUUGGCAAUCUUCAAUUUUGCUACCGCCGUGCUUGGCACCCUCACUUUUGAAGAAACGUAUUCUCCAAAACUCUUGAGAAACAAGGCAGUCAAGUUGAGCAAGAGUACCGGGAACCCUCACUUGCAUACGAUUUUCGAAGUCGCUGAUGGCGAAACAACUACAAGCAAGAUUGUUGUUUCUGUCAUGAGACCAAUCACCCUCUUGGUGGGCCACCCUAUGGUUUUCGGUUUGGGCAUAUUCAUGGCUUUUUGCUAUGGCUUUAUGUAUCUUCUCAUUGUGACAUUUCCCUCGGUCUACAAGGGAAGCUACGGGAUGAGUGUCGAGAUCUCGGGUCUCAUGUAUAUCCCAUUGGGUAUUGGCUUCAUGGUUGGAACCCUCGUGUUCACUCCAGUGAACGGCAGAAUCUACGACAGGCUCACUAAGAAGAACAAUGGUGUGCCCAAGCCAGAGUUCCGUCUUGUCAUGCUCAUUGCCAGUGGGUUUGGUAUCCCAGUUUCGCUUAUUUGGUACGGCUGGUCAGCACAGAAGGAAGUGCACUGGAUCAUGCCAGCAAUUGGCUCAUGUCUCUUUGGCAUUUGUAUUGUUCCAGUGUUUCAAAACGUCCAAACAUACCUUAUUGACAUGAACAACCGUUUUGCAGCAUCCUCGGUGGCUGCAGCGGCCGUUUUCCGUUCUCUUUUUGGCUUUUCAUUCCCACUUUUCGCUACCAAGAUGUACGACAAAUUAAACUACGGAUGGGGAAAUACCAUGUUUGCAUUCAUUGGACUUCUUUUGGGUAUUCCAUUUCCGUUGUUCUGUCUCAAAUACGGCGAGCUGUUGAGAAUGUGGGCCAAUGCAAAGUUCGACCGCAGGCAAGCCAAGAGAGACGAGAAGAACUUAAGAAGGUUGCAAGCCAUGAAGGAAAAAGAGGAAGCUAAGAGCAACAUGAAGCAUGGUUCGUCAGACUCAUCAUCAGCAUAG